UUGUAAUUGUUGGUUUUUCUGAUUUGUAUAGGUUCAAUGAUCUGGAUGGCACCAGAGGUGUUGGAGAGGCCUUAUGAUGAAAGGAGUGAUGUAUGGUCAUUAGGAUGCAUCCUCCUAGAAAUGGCCACCUGUAAAAGUAUGCAGGUUACUGAAGUUCAUAGUCUUAUGUUCGACAUGAAGCAGAAUAACCCACCAUUAGAAGAUGCCUUAAAAGACAUUGAGAAGGAGUACUCAGUAGAUAUCUGCCACUUGAUACGGACGAUGUUGAGGAGGAACUUCCAGCAGAGACCUACAGCUAUAGAGCUUGUUGAGAUUCCAUUUGUUAAGAACUGCUUGGCAUUGAGUGGCUCAGAAUUAGCUGGAAAAAAGAAAGAAAAACAGAAAAACUCAAGUAAGCACUUAUUUACUAGUUGA